AGCUAACUGGCCCCUCGCAUCUUUCAGCCGCCGCGGGAAACAGGGGCGACUCACAAGACCUCUCAACUUUUACGCACAGAGAUUGACUUUUACGCACAGACAAACGCGUAAUUUGGCGAAGAACCAGAGAAAAAAGUCUUCUUGCUUUGGACGCAGGAGCCUCUUGAGGAUCUUACUUGACAACAGCGGGCCUUUGGGCUGCACUGUUUCAAUCGAUAUAACGCAGGUGAUUCUGCACCUGUUGGAAAAUUGACCAGCUUCUAAUCGGAUGGCUCAGAACUUUGGAACAGCUCCAUUAUAUGGCGACUGAUAUGCAGACUGUCGAGUCAGCUCCGUAAAUAUAGCAUUUCAAACUUAACUUUAAAUACUGUUUCAUUCAAAAAAUAAACUUAAAGCAAUCAGUUACCAGCCAUGCCCCGUCCUGGGAAGAACUCUUACAGCGACCAGAAGCCCCCAUACUCCUACAUAUCGCUGACAGCGAUGGCUAUUCAGAACUCCACCGAAAAGAUGCUCCCGCUGAGUGACAUUUACAAGUUCAUCAUGGACCGUUUUCCGUAUUAUCGAGAGAACACCCAGAGGUGGCAGAAUUCCCUGCGACACAACCUCUCGUUUAACGACUGCUUCAUCAAGAUCCCUCGGCGGCCCGAUCAACCGGGGAAAGGCAGCUUCUGGGCUCUGCACCCGGACUGCGGGGACAUGUUCGAGAACGGCAGCUUUCUGAGGAGACGGAAGCGCUUCAAGGUGCUGCGCGCCGAGCACAUGGCCUGCAAGAGCUCCCCGAUGAUGCAUUACUUUCACCACCACCACCACCACCACCACCCGGGCGGCAAGCUGGCCACAGCCUCCGGCCACCACGACCAGCCGGCCGGUCCAGCGAGCACCGUGGGCCGGCUGCCACACUUCCAGGGCUACGGGGGCAUCACCUGCGCACAGCCCGGCGGGUUCAAACACCCAUUCGCCAUCGAGAACAUUAUAGGGCGGGACUACAAAGGUGUGAUGGCCAGCGGGCUCCCGCUCACCUCUGUCAUGCACCACCUGGGCUACCCGGUGCCCCCGCAGCUCAGCAGUGUGGUCAACUCCAUGUGGCCGCACGUCGGGAUGCUGUCAGAGUCCAUGGCUGGCGUGCCCGUGCCCGCGUCGUCCGAUUACGCACCGUUCAGCGUGUCAGCGAAGGGCCUGUACCACAACGUCAACGGGCCAAGCCUCCCCGCCGUCCCCGUGCCCAUAAAACCGACCCCAUCCCUGGGUCCCGUGCCCGGCCUGACCGGGCUGCAGCCCGGCCCGCCACAGCUCUGCUCAGCUCUGGAGAAGAGCGAUCUCUUGGAGGGGAAAGGCAGCCAUUUACACCCGGCUCUCCUGCUGUCCUAACUGGGUAAAUCCUGGGUCAUUUGUUCUCAAAAGUGACGCGAACGAGAUGGACAUUGUUGUUGCAAAGAAAAUAAGACAGGUGUCACAGUUUGAGUGCAGCUGUAGGGGAGUUGUAAAAACCGAGGGUAACAUUGUACUGUGUGAUGGAUUUUUCAUUUGACCCCUGUUGAUUGAAAUCACGAUUUAUUUGCACAAUUUGUGAGGGCAUUUACCACAUAUUGUCAUGUGGCACUGAUCAAUACAAUCAGACAAGUAGACACGCUAAACCCAAAGAAAGAUUUGAUUUUGGAGACCGACGUCUAAAAUUCUGUAAAAAUGCAAAACAACCCUGUUUUAAUUUUUUGCUCUCAUCCUAUUUAUGUUAUUUUAAUCUAUGGCAGGCCGACGGGCUUAAGACAUAUAGGCCUUCAUGCUUUUUAAAAUCAGGCCUGUUGCACUUUUCGUGUGUUACUUAGCAGUGCAUUGAAAAUGUUAUGCUUGUAUUAUAACACUAUUUAUCUGAAGAUAUUUAUAAAGAACUUAAAACCGAAUUUUC